UUUGUAGAAAAAACGCAAUUAUAUCAUCAAAAUCACUCGCUUUUUCCUAUCAACACCCACUCGCCACGAUUUCGUGAACCUCAACACAUCACUUAAAAUGUUAUUCAUGUUCAGCUAUCUAUCACCAGAAAUCACCAUCCGAUAACACGCAAACAACACGAAUCUUGUAAAUAAAUGCAUGCCAAACAUUGUAGUAGUGAACGACACAACAUCAUGAACAAUUACAUAAUACUCACUGCUACCGUAAUCACAAUGAGCCGACCUCUCCUCAACCCCAAAGGCCCCAUCCACGAAAACUACGCCCUGAACUGCUUGGAGAAAAUCGCAACGAAACAAUUUUACAAAAAUUAUUUCAACUUGGACGUCCGACUGCUAACAAUCAUGACCACAAACAACAUGACUUCGCCCGGCCACCAAAUCCAGAAAAACAUAAUCAAAAUAUUAAAUAAUUUGCUCGUUUUUAAUAUUGAAGUGAUUGAUGAUGAGCGAAGCGACUGCGAGACGACUAUUUUGCCACGUUUCUACCUCCUAGUGGUUGAUUCUAUCAAUAAUUUUGACACGAAAUUGCAAGUUUUGACGGAACUGAACACCUACAACCCUCGGGCUUUAUUCUUAGUUUAUUACUCGGGUCUUGGGAAUAAUUACAAGACAAAGGCCCAACAUAUUUUGGAGCAAUUUUGGCAAAACUCGAUAACCGAAGCCGCAGUUUUGAUCCCAAGCAAUUUGAAACAUUUCAUUGUCUAUUCGAUGGAUUUUUCGCUAAAAGCCCAACACCACUGUUUAAAAAACCACAAAAUUGUGAUUGUGGAUUAUUGCACUCGGGGUGAAGUCAAAUUCAAUUCGAAUUUCUACAAACGCAAGUCUCUCACACCUUUUAAUAACUGUACUUUGGAAGUCGUGGCAAAUCAACUCGAACCGUUUGUCAUCAACGAAAAUGAAGGAUUCGAAAUCGCACUUUUGAAACAAAUCGGACAAACGCUUAACAUCACCUUCAACGUGACUAUAACAGGGGAGGACUCCUGGGGGGUGAAAGAAGAGGGUGAGUGGACCAAAGGCUUGGGUCAAGUCUACCAAAACUCAGCCGUUGGUAUUGGCAAUUUUUACGUCGCGCCUGAAUAUAUCCACGAUUUUUCCAACACGGACGCUUAUUAUUUAUCAGGGUUGGUGUGGAUAGUGCCAAUAGCCCAGUAUGUGCCCAAAUGGCGCGUCCUUACCGUUAUUUUCAGUUGGUACCUGUGGAUACUUUGCCUGGGGCUUGUCUUCGUGUGCGCCCUUUUGUUAAAAGUGACUUCGCUUUCGCGAAACGAAAACAAACAUUACAAAAAAUUCGGGAACGAUUUGCUCGCAACCUUCCAAGUUAUGAUAGUAACUGCGGUGGAUCGGCAACCGCGUUCCGACUUUUCGCGGAUCAUUUUCAUCGCACUGAACUUUUUCAGCAUAAUUAACGCAGCGGUUUACACCAGUUCGCUCAUCAAUUACCUCACGUUGCCUCAACGUGAGCCUCAAGUCGACUCGAUUGAGGGCAUUUUGGCCCAGAAUUGGGAUAUCGGGGGUUUACCCGUCUACCACGACAUUUUUAACGUCACAGACGACGAAAAAGCCGUGCAGAUUUAUGACAUAUUCCAAGUCAAUGAGUCGCUUUACAUUUGGUUGACUAGUGUUGGUGAUGAUCGUGACACGGCGAGUAUUGUGAAUUAUGUGUUCCUUGACUAUUUGCUAUCGAAAAAUGAUCCUUUGGUGACCGAUAGUAGAGGCAGACCCAAGGUUUUUGUUCUUGAGGAUCGGAUUUUUACCUAUUCGGUGGUUAUGGUCACUAAUAGGGGUUUCCCCUUUUUGUCGCGAUUCAAUAAAGUUAUUAAUUUAAUGACAACGCAUGGGUUACCAAGUGCUAUGGCAAGGAGGUACACGAAUGUUUUGCAUAGGAAAAAGCAUGGUGAAGGUGGGUUUGUUAAAGCACUGACGAUGCAUCAUCUUCAAGGCGCGUUUUUGGUUUUGGUUUUGGGGUAUAUUUGUGGAUUUGGGCUUUUUCUAUUUGAGAUUAUUUUUGGUUUAAUUAAAGUGAGACAAAGGAAGAAAAUAAAACCGGCAAAAAAUAAGUAAAAUGAUGGUUUUAUUUCAAGUUAGCGAUUUAUUUACAGAGAUAAAGUGCAAAUGAAGGCUGGGGCAAAAAAUUUAAAGUUAAUCUCUCUCCAAUGCCUUUUAACUAUUUCCCUUAUUUCUCAAAUCUGACAACAUCGAUUUCAUUUGGAAAAUAUGGAAUUUUUUAAGUUGAAAAUGUAUUUUUGACGAAAAAAAAGAAGGGAUUUGGUUUCUUAUUUCUUAGUUACACCGAAGUUAACUGAAAUCGAGCAAACGCAUGUUUUUGGAAUUUGUAAGCCACACUUAAGCUAUUAAAUCAAACAAAAACAAGAUAAAAAUGUAAAUUUAGAAUCACUUUGCAACGACUUUAUGCAUCGAUUCAAAAAACUCCGGUAAAAUACUUGGAUUAACAAACAGCUAAGUUUUUAUUUAAAAAAAUAGCGACAGUUGUCAAGAUAUCAAUAAAUCAAACAAAUCAGAAGAAUAAGUGAUUUUUCGGUCAUGUUUAGCACAAUUUUUCUAAAAAUUGUGUUUCCUAAGCUUAAGAAUGUAUUUCAACUCAACAAUUUUUUGCGUACGUUGUAAUUCUUGAUAAAAUUUAGAAAUGAUUAAUAUUUUACAGAAAAACGUAUCUAAACAUUCAAAAAACACA